AUGAAGCCUGCGCUGUUUCUCCAGCUCCUGCUGUUGACUCACUUAGCAUCGCAGCUGGUGUCUGGGAGUCCCAAGCAACAUUUUAGGAGGUAUAUCUUGGAACCUCCACCCUGCCGAUCAGACCCGGAAAACUGUACCGAGUUCUGCACAUUACAGGAAGAUUGCCAACCAGGAUUUCAGUGCUGUUCUGCCUUCUGUGGUAUAGUUUGUACAUUAAACAAACAUGUAAACCGCGAAAGGAAAUGCCCAGUCCUGGCCCUUGGGGUAAGUGGGCCCAGCCCUCUCAAGUAUCAGGCCCAGAAUAUAACAUCAGUUGAUACCAAAACUCUCCUACUUGCUACUGGCUGCACCAUGAAAUUGAUCGAGCUGGGAUUUCUUCUGGGGCUCUUCACCUUCUCCUUGCUGACUACUCCAUUAAUGGGUGGUAUGACUAGGAUUACUGACAUGAUAUGUGGAAAAUUCAAAGAUCCCUGCUCGAUGUCGAUCAAAUUUGGCAGCUGCUAUGAAGUUCACUUCAGAUAUUUCUACAACAAAACUUCCAAAUUAUGUGAAAGUUUUGUCUACUCUGGCUGUGAUGGCAAUCUUAACAACUACAAACUUAAAAUAGAAUGUCAACUAGCCUGUGAGAAAGAUUUCAAAAAGUAA